AUGGAAGAGGGUUUGAUUCAAAAGCUUCAGACUUUUUCUUUUACAGAGGAAGAGGAUGUGGCUAUUGAUUUCGGUAUUGAUGAUAUUGCAGAAGUAAAUGGUUUUCCUCGUGAAUGUUUUACUAAGGAAAUGGCAAUCAAAGUUGUUGGUAGUUUUAAGGAAUGGGAGGUCGUGGAAAUUUGUGAAGAGUUUGGAAAUGGGAGCAAAUUCAUGCGGUUGAGGAUAGUGAAGAAGGAUAAAGGGAUUGAGAAUCAGUAUGGGGCAUGGUUAAACGCUACUGUUACCAAGUCCAGGUUGGUUCUGAGGCAUCGGAAUGAGUCUGGAGUUUCGGAGAUUAUGUCUGUGAUUCUUAAUGAGAAUUUGAGUAGUGAUUCAAACAAGGAACAGCGGGAUGAGGAAGCUCCAAUUGGUUUAGCAUUUUUGGGCCAUAUAGAAACUCACCAGGCUCCCAUAGUAAGUGAUAUGUAUGAGGUGGGUCAAAUUUCAGAUUAUCCAACUACAGCCCAUUUAAGUAGUGCUUUAAACAAGGAAAAGAGGGAUGAGGAAGCUUCAGUUAGGUUAGCAUCUUUGGGCCCUACAGAAACUCACCAGGUCCUCAUAGUAAGUGAUUUGUAUGAGGUGGGUCUAAUUUCAAAUUAUCCAACUACAGCCCAUUUGGAGUUUUUUGAACCUGUGGAAAAUAGGGGUUCUUCCUUUAAAUAUCCAAAUGAUCCAACCCAUAUGGAAGACACGUCUUUCUCUGGAAAAUAUUCUUCAUCUUCUAAGUUAAACAUUGGGGCAGUUAAGGAUCUGAAUCUGGCUAGCAAAGGCAAAGGGAAGUGGACUCGCAAGGCUAAACACCCUAUCCCAGCUGCAAAUUGGAAAAUCCAAGAGGUUAAGGUGGGUGGCAAGCGACGGGGCGAAGUUUCGGGGUGUUUANUUGUAGUACCUCAAUAG